AGUGCUUCCCUGAUCUAGACAUUUUUUCAGCACUUAAUGAUUGAAUAAUAAAUGUGUAGAGUUGAUGGAAUAUUAGAAAAAAUCUGCCAAAUAAAUUAUUAUUUGAAAAUUUAUGUUUUGUCCUUACAAUUGUGCUCAUACAAAUAUUUGAAAAUCAUUUAUCUUUAUUUGAUUGAAGUUGACUGAUAGUCAGCUGGUUAUUUUGCAGAAUGACGUAUCCCGGCCCUAGAGUGUGUUGUUUAGUUUUGAUAGGACGUUGUGCGAUGUGUUGUUGGCUAAUUGUGUAAAUGAGUUGAAAGUUUAAACAUUUUGGUACCCUACUAUGCCCAAGCAUAUAACUGAAAUUCUAAUACUUUUAUACAUACUGUUGACACUCGGAACGUUGGCUGAGAAAAAAGAAGAGAAAGCCGAUAACUCGAACGAUGACGAACAGUACUCGAAAGUGGUGGAGAAGGACGAUGAAGAUCCUCUAACAGUGUUGAACUACUUUAUAUCGAAAAAAGAUGAACUGAAAUUAAAUGUCGAUGACAAUACUGUGGAAGACGAUGUCAAAGAAAAGGAGAAAAAAGAUGGCGAGAAAACACUGAAUCUUGAUAAUAUGCUCUCUCUGACACCGGACAGUUGGAUGGUGAAGCUGAUAUCGCAGAUUCAGGAAAGCGAUUUCGAUGUUGAGAAUGACGCGACCGCCAAUGGGGAUGCCAAGGACCCGACGGCAGCUGAUUUGUUGUGGUCGGAUCCUGAACCUGUCAAUUUGGAGGAGCUCUCGCCUGAAGAAAGGGAAGGCUACGAGCUGUACGAAGAAGCCAAGUCUCUGCUGAAUGCCUCGAAGCCGAAUAAGAAGGAAGCUUACAAGAAACUGUUGGCGGCCGCUGAGUUGAAGAACGCACCCGCGCGCAUCAUGGUGGCCUGGGCCCAACUGAUCGGCCAUCCUCUCUACCAGAACGUGUUGGCUGCCAGGGAGACGUUUGACGAGCUGGCUGAAGAGGGAAAUCCCGAUGCUCAUGUCGCUCUCGGCUUCAUCCACGCGUCAGGCAUAGGUGUGGAAGCCAGCCAAGCUAAGGCACUGGUGCACUACACGUUGGGAGCACUGGGAGGAAAUACCUGGGCACAGAUGAUUCUCGGUUAUCGCUACUGGUCAGGAAUAACCGUGGCCAACAGCUGUGAAAAGGCGUUGGAUUUCUACAGGCUUGUUGCUAAAAAAGUUGCCAGUGAAGUGUCUCUGUCUGGUGGUCCUAUGGUUCAACGUAUUCGCCUACUUGAAGAGCUGGAAAAUGCUGGAUACAGUUCUGGUAUACUCGACAACGAUCUCAUAGAGUACUAUCAAUUGAUGGCUGAAAAGGGGGACGUGCAAGCUCAAGUUGGACUGGGCCAGUUGCAUUACCAAGGUGGGCGUGGCGUGGCUCAGGACCCGCAGCGAGCUCUACACUAUUUCCUACAAGCAGCCGAUGCAGGCAAUCCUAUCGCCAUGGCUUUCCUCGGCAAGAUCUACUUCGAAGGCAACGACGUGGUGAAGGCAGACAACGAGACGGCGUACAAGUACUUCAAGAAGGCGGCGGACAUGGGCAACCCGGUGGGCCAGAGUGGGCUGGGGUUGAUGCAUCUGCAGGGUCGCGGCGUCGACAAGGACUACAGCAAGGCAUUGAAGCUCUUCUCGCAGGCCGCCGACCAGGGCUGGGUAGACGCACAACUGCAGCUCGGCAUCAUGUAUUUCAGUGGACUAGGCGUUCGCAGGGACUACAAAUUGGCGAAUAAGUUCUUCAGUAUGGCAUCGCAGUCUGGCCAUGUUCUGGCAUUUUACAACUUGGCUCAGAUGCACGCCACGGGCACCGGGAUGAUGCGCUCUUGCACCACUGCUGUCGAAUUUUACAAGAAUGUGGCUGAGAGAGGCAGUUGGGGGGAGAAGUUGAUGGAAGCGCACACUAUGUACAGGGAGGGCAGAUUCAACGAGGCAUUCUUGACCUACUCUCUGUUGGCCGAAUUCGGAUACGAAGUCGCUCAGAGUAAUGCCGCAUUCAUGCUCGAUAGGGGUGAGGUGACCCUGUGGAGUAGCGCGGACGAGGCGUUUGUACGUGCCCUGGCGCAGUGGGGGCGUGCCGCGGCUCAGGGCUACUCGGCCGCACAGGUGAAGCUGGGCGACUACCACUACUACGGCCUGGGCACGUCGGUCGACUACGAGGCGGCCGCCAUGCACUAUCGCCACGCCUCCGAGCAGCAGCACAACGCGCAGGCCAUGUUCAACCUCGGCUACAUGCACGAACAGGGGCUCGGCAUGCAACAGGACAUCCAUCUCGCGAAACGGUGUUACGACAUGGCUGCUGAGACGAGUGCCGAUGCCAAGGUGCCAGUGGCUCUGGCACUUCUCAAACUAUCUCUCUUCUUCAGUCUGAAAUAUUUUCAGGAGAGUCGUUGGCAAGAAUGGCUAGUUUUACUGAAUUUGGACCAAUCUCUGGGACCGAAUUGGGACUUCUACCUUGUCACUGUACUAGUCGGACUUCUAGCAAUCAUCGUUUAUUUUCGGAGGCCGCAGCAACAUUGAGGUUCUAUAAUUGGCGUCUUGUGCAUUCAAAAGGCGCACAAUAUUCGAGCAAAUUGCUUCUUAUCCAUUCACUGUGAAUGUGUGUGAUAAUCGUCCUAAAUGUGAGUCAAACACUAGAAAAUGUCCACUUCACUCAUCGUUUUUGUCAUCAGAACUUUUUCCAAUGCCUAUAUUCCGAGACCGAGAAUUGUAUUGGUGUAUUAUCAUUAUGAAUCAUCAACCAUAAUAAGAAUUUUAUUAUUUUCGAAACAACUACAAUUGAAGGGGUUAUAAUACAAGGGGUCCAGGUGACAUAUUGUUAGUUUCGAGAAAAUUGAGCCUAAAGUUUACUUACAUUAAUUAAUUUUUCAUUCAUGAAAUGAAUAUAGAAAUGAUAUUCACCUAUUCCUAUAACUAUUCAGUUUACUUUUACCAAAUCACACGUACAGUUUCAUGUCUCAAAUUGCUCUCCUUUCUCAAUUAUCAGCUAAAUAGUGAUAAGAAGUAUCACUUGUACCCCUUGUUUAUCAAACAAAACUCUAUUGUUCAGCUACACAUAAAUCUAUCAAAUUUACCAGCAAUUGAACAAUGAUUAAUGACCUCAUUGCAAUAUUAUAUGAUUGGCUAAUUGGUUCUUGAGAUAUCUUUUGCUUGGUGACAUGACUUAAUCAAGGUUAAAUUUAAUUUGAUGGAUACGAGCAACCGUUGUCCUGUAAACAAGGGAUCCAAGUCACUUGGACCCCUUGUUUAAUCAAAUAAACAGCUGUUUGAAAAUGUAGUUUAAAAAUUUUACACCAGAUGUCAGCACUGAUUAGACUUAAGCUUAUACCUUUUGUAUACUAGAUUUUUACCACUUUCAGCUAUUAAUUACUGUAGCUAACUAUAAAAAUUGAAAAAUGUCACUUGGAGCCCUUGUAUUCUGACCCCCUCAAUUUCUUUCUCAUUGAGUAUCUGGUUAGAGUAAUCUCGUACGUAUAUUCAUUAACUUAAUCUAAAAUAUUUCAAUUAUUCUUUGUAACAUCAAUUCACCCUAAAUGAGGUUGGAGAUAUCAGACUGUUGAAUUAUUCUUAAUAGUAAAUUUUAUGAUAGAACUACACUAAUAUUGACGGUUUUAUCGAUUUGGCCUUGAGUCAUUAUGUAAGCUUGCACUUCUUUCAAAAAUCAUCAAAAUCAGUUGAAAAUUGAUUACUUAUCCUACUUCAUUUUUCAAAUACUGUACCAAAUUCAAAACAGGAUUUUCUGAAUAUGUUUCACUUCGUUUUUGUGGCAUCAUAUCAACUAGGAUACCACUUUUCCUAAUUCAUUUACUAUUCAAUAUUUAUUUGUUCUCAAUCUUAAAUGAUUUGUAGGUUGUAAAUAGUAUAUAUUGUUGCAUCUCAUAGCUAAGUAGGGCCUAUUCAAAAUAAAAACUAGAAAGGUCCAAGUUCUAAAAAAAUAUCUAUAUUUGAACUGGACUCCGUGUAUUAGGAAUACUUCUCUAGUUCUUAUCACUUUGUCUAUUCCACAAGUCAUUAAUAGUUGUGAUUACAUUGAUUGUGACUUAUUCAUAUAAUGUUGAUGUACCGUAUUUAAUUGAAUAUUUCCACGUAUAUCAUAAAUCCUCAAUCGCUCUUUUUGUAUGUUAGAUACACAAUUGUAAAUAUGCAAAUUAUAUGUUAUUUAUUAUUGUAAGUAAAUUAAUGUUGAAUUAGAUGAUAUUUUCUGCAUU